AUGGCUGAUUCAAGAGUUCGCAAGAAUGCAACAGAACCAAUCAAUACAUACUCAUUCAUUCGUGGAAGUUAUGAUUCAACAUUAACCAGAACAGUGAAUGAUAUAUUAAAUGAUUUGAAUAUUAAGGUAAGAGUUGAACAGAAGAAUGAAGAAAUAAAGACCAUCGUCAAUGAAAACAAAGAUGUAAACAUUGACGAUAAACUAGCUCAGAGCAUAGUUGAUGGCAUCUGUGAUUUCGAAGUACAUAAUGAUGGUGGAAACAUGAAUUUAGAAAAAGAAAUAACAUUAUUCACACUGUUUCAAGCUAUUAAUUCGUUACCUAAUCAUUUGAUUAAUGAAGCAUACGAUAACGUUUAUAACUUCUGCAAUUUAACUGAAAAUGCAAAAAGUAAUUUUGAAAAAGCACGUGAUAGAUAUGCACAUUUAAUGACUUCUCCAUUUGUUUUGGUGAAGAUUCUAAAACUUUAUCAAAAGGAAUAUUAUGAUGAAUAUGUUUUGCCUUUAUUACGUAAGCCAAAAAUAACAUUUGACAUCAAACUUGAUGACUCGUUUUUGAUAACAGAUAUUAGACGCAAGGCUGAAAAUCAUCAGUAUAAAAACAGUUCUGAAGUAAUUGAGGAUUUAUCACGUGUAAUCCGUUUUGUAGAUUGUGGAAAUAAAUAUUUCAUUCAAAAAGAUUACAACAUCCACGACAAAACGAAUCAAAUAUCAUUCGUUCUUCAAUCAAACAUGAAAGAGUCACUUAAAAUGAUUAAAUUAUUUAAAGAAGAAGGUAAAACAAUAACAGCAUGGGAUGUACUAUUAAAUCAAUUAUCUUCAUUAACCGUUAAGGGUGUUUGCUUUAAAUCUGAUUCCCCAGAUGUUUUCUCAACGUUUCAGGGUUAUAAAUACAACAUUCUCGAAAAGCUUGAUUACUCAAAAAUUGAGAUGUUUAUGAAUUUCAUUAAAGAAGUCAUUUGUGAUAAUAACGAUGAAGUGUAUAAAUACCUUCUCGGCUGGAUUGCAUCAAUGAUUCAACAUCCUGGAAUCAAGAAUGAAACAGCAAUUAUUUUGAAAGGACUUCAGGGAACAGGUAAAAACAGAUUUACAGACAUUAUUUCUGAACUUCUCGCCGGUUAUUCAUGCAAAAACAUUACUGAAAUAAGUGAGUUAACGGGUAAUUUCAAUUCAGUAGUUGAGAAUAAAAUGUUUCUUGUACUUAAUGAACUCAAGAAUGUAGGUGAAGACAGACUUGCAAACUUCAACGCUUUGAAAUCAAUUAUAACGGAUAAUGAGAUUAGAAUUAAUGAAAAGAAUCAACCCAGAAGAA